CACUGACUGAAGUCUGCGUUGUGAAUUUAUCAUCAGUGUUUUACCAUCAGCUCCACCAGCGCAGUUUCCACUUGUGAACACUGAGCCCUGAUCCCCUGUUCAUUCAAGAGCGUGCUGCAGACAAAGUCAGCGAGAUGGAGGAGGAGGCGCAGUCUUUUUUGGGAAGGUUUGUGGACGAGUUCCCAGCUGCUCUGGAGGAAGACAGUCCGCUGCCUGUCAGCCCUCUGAGUCAGAAAGUCUCUCUGGAGGAGCUGCAUGGAGAGAGCCUGGAGCUGGGCCUGAGGCUGCUGACUGCCAGGGGUGCUCCUGCAGUCCUCAGCGCCCUCCUGUGCCAGGCAGCGUUGUCUCAGCUGCUGCGGGAGGACCUUUCACGUUUCCACUGCCCAGAGGAAACUGAGGCCAACCAGGAAGAAGAACAGAAAGCAGUCUUACUUCAGUCAGAGGCAGUCCAACGCCUUUUCCUGAAUAAGGUGAUAGAUGUAGCUCUGGCAUGGCAUCAAAACUUCCCCAAGCCUUCCCCGUCCCCUUCCCAGUUCCACCGCUGCUCUGUUCAUGCCAUCAAGAACACAAGGAGAAAGAUGGAGGACAAACAUUUGGCCUUAGCUGAGUUCAACCAGCUCUUCGGAAUCCAGGAUGGAGUGGAGCGUGCCUACUACGCCGUUUUUGAUGGACAUGCAGGGGUAGACGCUGCCACCUUCACAGCAACCCACCUCCAUGUUGCCCUGAGUAAACAGGAAAUGCUACAGAGCGACGCAGCCACUGCCUUUAAAACUGCCUUCAAACGCACAGAUGACAUGUUCAGAGACAAAGCCAAGAGAGAGCGUCUGCGGAGCGGCACUACAGGCGUGGUGGUGCUGAUCCAAGGUCAAGAGCUGACAGUGGCCUGGCUGGGAGACUCUCAAGCAAUGCUUGUCCGAAAGGGUGAAGCUGUUACACUCAUGGAACCCCAUAAACCAGAGAGAGAAGAUGAGAAACAAAGAAUUGAGGAUCUUGGCGGUUGUAUCACCUUCAUGGGUUGCUGGCGUGUUAAUGGCACCUAUGCCGUAUCAAGAGCAAUCGGGGACUUUGACCAGAAGCCUUAUGUGUCUGGAGAUGCCGACUGCUCAACGGUCCAGCUGUUCGGUGAUGAGGACUAUGUGUUACUGGCGUGUGAUGGCUUCUUUGAUACAGUCAAACCUUCAGCAGUCCCAGAUCUGGUCUUGGAUGCACUUCAGGAACUUGGUGAUCCUGAAGGAGGAGACACUCAGCAGAAACAGUCUGAGGAGAUUAUUGGACUGAGAGUCGCUCAACAUUUGGUAAGUCAUGCUAAGGCAGCUGGCUCUUGUGAUAAUAUAACAGUGAUGGUGGUGUUCCUGCGUCCGCCAAAGCAGUUGCUGUCUCAAGACCCUACUACAUGAACUGCACAAGCUACUGCGGACUCCACUUCCCAAGAUGCUCGACAGCAGUGAAGGAGGGAAUCUGAUGUCCAGACACCACUUUGCUAAGCUACUGCCUGAAUCAGUAUAUCUCAGCCUUUUUUCAGUCCCCGGCUCCUGACAGACAUGAUGUCGUCACACUAUGUUACUACUUUGCAGCAAAAUAGCAGAUUCAAGUGUUACUAAACCAGACCACAUGGUCACAACGGUCUGAUGGAUGCAAGGCUACAGGAACCUGUACAGCUACCUGUAAUGGCACAGCACGUACUCAGUCCCCAAACAGUUCUCACAAUAGAGAUGUGCAUUUUUUAUCUCAUCAAUAACCAAUGCUUAUUCAGUAACCAUUAACUGACAAGAAACAAUUUUUACAAGGAUACAUUUUUACAUGUGCAAACAACAGCCUAAACAAUAAAAUAGACCAAUAAUUCUACAGUUUUUCCCAAUUAUUAAGAAACCUAGACUCCAUUAAAAGCAUCAGGAUCAGUCCUGCCGCCUAAGUGUGUUGGUAGACCAUUAAAACAUCUAUUAAGUUUAUCCAAUCCUUGGAUGUAAGGCAAACCUAAUAUUGCUUCUAAAUGUUGCUUUGGUGAUUAUGAAAGUAAACUGCUGCAUAUACAGUUUGCAAUAAGAAUAACCAACCCCCAUAAACAGGGACUUCAUAUCUUUGUGGGACUUUAGCUGUUUAGUUGUACAAGAAAUACAAUUAACAUACAUAUUGCAAGUAUUGAGUCUUUGUUUCUGUUGUGGCACUUUUGCCUCUGAUGGAAAACUGUACUUUAGCAGACGUGUUAUUAUGACAUGAAAGGCUAUAAUGAUUUUAAUAUAAUAAGCUGAACACUGAAAUGUGAAAUUUAACCACUAGAGAAUACUUAAUACUGUGUCUGCAUUGAAAGAUUUAAUGCGAAAACUGUUUAUUUGAAUGUGUGGUUUGAAUUGAGCUCUUUUUAAAUUUUAAAUUACAUUAUUUCCAAAUUAAAGUUAUUUUUCAGCUUCACAAAUUCACAUAGAAGUUCCAGUGUCCCACGUUUUCAGUCACUCUUCUAAAUUUUUGUAAGAGACAAAAGUCUAAUUUCACCACAGUGGCAGAUUUAACUUCAAUGUCUUCAAAGGUUUAUGAAGUAAUGUCUCCUUUCUAUCAGAUAGGUAGCCAGAAACAGUUUUCUAUUAUUCGCAUCUAUUUAUAGCUACAUUAGUCCAUCAGAAAUGAUAUCGAUCUUCUUCCACAAAUGUCUGUCUGUAUGUGGGACACAUUUUUCUAAACUUACAUUUUAUCAACUUCAUAGUUGGCAACGAGCGCUCUGUACCAGUCAGUGGCGGUGGGGCAGUGUGCCUUCAGUCUUCGGACUGAAUUGAAUCAUCAUCUUUAGAUAAUUUGCAGCAGUAAUGAAGCAAUUUUAGUUUCAUUUAAUGAAAAUCAUGACCUAUAUUGCACAUGAGUCAGGUCGGAUGAACACAACGUUUAAAAAAAUACGUCCAGCACACAAACAAUCAAAAAGUGACAGUAUAUUAUAGGUCUGUUUGAGAAGGACUCUCUAAUAACAGAUACUCUCUAGGAGUAUUUGUGAAGUAGAUUCUGAAGCACAGGCCAAACCAACAGCUCAUUCCACAGGCAGUUUUAAAAAAGGCACUGCACUAGUUGUGCAAAAAUACUAUGGCUAAGGCUAAUGGCUGAGCGUCUUCAUGAACUACAGGUCUAGCUACCAAACUCUUCAGAUACCAAACUAGUUACCAUGAUUUGAUAAUUUCUGUAUGAUGAAGGGUUUUAGCAAGUUCAAUUCAAAUCACACAUGUGGAUGGUUUUUAACUUAGGUAAGAAAACUCAGUGGUAUUUCAAUAGCAUUUAGUGAUUCACCACAAAAGUGUAUUUCCUUGUAAGAUUCAACUCAUUCCAGCAUUUCAUUGCUUCAGUAUUCUCUGUGGCAGAUUUCCAAUACUCUCAUUGUAUGUUACCUAUAUUUGAACUGUUUUUAUUUUUUGUCAAACUUAAGUUCUCAUCUACCACAUCUACUGUACAGUGUGUUUUCUAAGGCUCAGUAUUACAUGCAGUGUUUGGAAAUUACCAGGUGUCAAAUAACGAUGCAAAAAAGUCUCAGUGAGAUUUUGCAGUGGGAAGUGAUUUCUCACAAGUAACCUUAACUCAGCUGCAGUGGAUUACAUCCACAUUCAUUCUAAUCUUUAACGCCAAACAGUAUGACAAUUAAGAAUAUUACACUGUGCACCCUGCAGAAAAUGACUUGGAUUAAGUCAGUUAACAGACUGUAAUAAAAAGGUAUUGAUGAGAUGUUUUCAGUCUCCAACCUGCUGGUUCUGUGCUUUAUAUAGGAACAAGAUAAUACAGGAUUAACUGACUACCUGAUUAAGUUUGUCUGGCUGAUGUGUGUUGCUUCUUUAACUGGAUCACAAAAUCUGACAGUAUUUCUAAUGCAUAAAAUAUUCCCUUUUUUCUUUUAUACAUUUUUAACAGAUCUUCAAAUUUUAUUGUGAACAUUAAGAUAUCAGCUGUAAUGAUUUUGGGAUGUGUUGAUACUGUUUUGCUCACAAGAUGGUUUACUGUUUUAUAUAACGACUGAAUAAAAAGCUAUGUGAGUUUAAUAUAUUUU